AUGAUCUACGAAAUGGUCAUUGAUGUGUCCUUACAAGAAGGAUAUGUUAAAAUAUUCAGCUUUAAAUAUGUUCACUAUUCUUUCAAUUACUGGGCGGGUUGUGUCGAUGGAAUCUGGUCGGGAUUCUGCUUGUUGAGAAGAAAUGUAUGUAAAAUGUAUGUAACAGCCAUUUGCCACAAUUGCAACAUAUUACAUACAGACACUUUACUGUAUCAAGCAAUCACAGAGCAGUCUCAAGCAUUGAUGGAGCAAUCUCAAGCUAUAUCUAUCUCAUAUUAUAAUGAAUGUGAAGAUAUUAAUACAAAAAAAGAUUUUGGUGUACCCGCGUGUAUCUCGCACUGCCAUGCACUAGCCAGUUCGCCACCAGCAGCAACAACAAAGAAUAAUAUUUCAAAUAUUCACAUUAACACGCAA